CAGAAGAGAAGGGCAUAUUGUUUGCCCAUGAAUAGAUAGACGCAUGCCAGCAGUACAACCAUGGGCCCUUUCGGCUACCGGAUUCUAUUUUCAUUGCGCAUCCAAUUGGCCACCCUGAGAACAUCCAAACUCAAGGACCAAACAACCCACCCUUGCUCUCGUCCUCUCUCUCUCUCUCCAUUUCUUCUCUUCUCCAUCAUCACUGGUUCUAUCAGACUAUCACCACACCACAACCGUCGUCAUAAAAGAAAAAACAAAUAAUAGGGAAACCUGGUCUUAGAUGAUUGCAAAUUUGCAAUCAGCAGAGGUAGCUUCUUCAAUGGCAGAUAACUGCAGCAAGGACAGUAACCAAAACGACAACACCAGCCGCAGCAGCAGCAACAACAACAACAAAUCCUUCAUAACCCACAUAGCCCAUGACCACCUCAUCUCAAUUCUUCUUCUUCUCCCCAUAGAUUCGAUCCUCUCCUUCGCCAUGACUUGCAAAAGAUUCAAGUCUCUGGCCUCCUCUGACACUCUCUGGGAGUCCAUCUGCAGGAGAGACUGGGGCAACAGCCAUGUUGAUGCCUUCUUGGCUUCUGCAGAGAUAAAGCAGUUCCCAUGGAGAAAGAUCUAUCAGCAGGUCUCUCAAUCGAGUUCUAUCUCUUGUCGUAGAUUGUCUGGUUCAGAUGAUGGGAUGUUUCCAAGCCCAAGAGCUUCUCACUCGCUCAAUUUCGUCUCAGAUUGCUUGGUUCUGUUUGGUGGAGGUUGUGAGGGAGGACGCCAUCUUGAUGACACAUGGGUGGCAUACAUAGGCAGUGACUUCAGGAGGAUCCCAAGGUGGCAGAAGAUCAAUUCAGGCACUCCAAGUGGACGUUUUGGACAGACAUGUUCUGUUGUUGGUGAUUAUCUUGUCCUCUUUGGUGGGAUCAAUGAUCAUGGGAUCCGUCAGAAUGACACAUGGGUGGGGCAGAUCAUGUGCAAUGAAAUAGAUGGAAUCAAAUUGUCAUGGAGACUUCUUGAUAUAGGUCCUCUCGCACCUCCCCCUCGUGGAGCACAUGCUGAAUGCUGUAUUGAUGACAAGAAGAUGGUCAUCCAUGGAGGUAUUGGGCUAGAUGGUCUAAGAUUGAGUGACAUGUGGCUAUUGGAUAUAUCUGAUGGGGCAAGAUCUGCAACAUGGCAUGAGAUCAUAGCCCAUAUGUCACCACCAGCUCGCUCAGGGCACACGCUAACCUGUGUUGGAGGGACUCGCAUGGUUCUGUUUGGAGGAAGGGGUACUGGUUAUGAGGUUCUCAAUGAUAUUUGGCUAUUAGAUAUUGCAGAGGAGCAUCCAAGGUGGGUUCAGUUAAUAUAUGAAUCAUUUAACAUACCACAAGGUGUGCCCCUUCCACGGGUGGGUCAUUCAGCUACCCUCAUCUUAGGGGGUAAAGUACUUAUUUUUGGAGGAGAAGAUUCAUAUAGGCAUAGGAAAGACGACUUUUGGGUAUUAGACAUUUGUGCUAUACCUUCUAUAGAAAUGUGUUCCUUUACACUGAACUCUAAGAUAUCAUCAAGGAAAAUGUGGAAGAGGUUGAAGGCUGAGGGUCAUCAACUGAAUUGUAGAUCAUUCCAUCGUGCCUGUGCAGAUCGUUCUGGGCGCUAUGUAUUUAUGUUUGGUGGAAUGGUGGAUGGGUUGCUUCAGCCUGCUGAAGCGUCAGGGUUGAGAUUUGAUGGGGAGCUUUAUCUUGUGGAAAUUGUGUUUCAUUUCUAGAAGGUUAUUUUCUGAAGAUGAAUUGAACAUAAAGGUUAUCCCUGUUUUCAAAGUCUUCUGUGAAUAAUAGAUCUACUGUGUUGUGGAUGAUAGGAUUAAGGCCAUCGUUUCUGGAUCACUUUUCAGAUCAGAGUCCUGAUGAUUUAGAUUUUGUCCAUGAACAUGUUGAGCCUGAGAUGGGUCUGACCCUAGAUUAUGUACAGUAGAUGAACUGGCCUUUUUUAAAGGCUUUCUAUAGUGUAAUCUUUUGUAAAGGAUCUCACUUCAAUGAUGUACCCGCAGUCCACUUGGUACUCUUCAUGUCUUAUCGAAUCUUCCAGGACUUGAGAAUUGAGAUAUUCAGAAUUAGUAGAGUUCUGUUACUUAAUCUACAUUCAUGUUGAAGUAUUUCGUCCCCAUCAGUCAGAAUUUUUGAGGUGGGUCCAACCUCUAUUCUCAGGUUCUUGUUUUCUGCUAUUAUGACAAAUGCAUCCGACAAUAAUGGAAUUAUGACAAUCCACUAAAAGAGUGUAAGAGGUUUGCAGAAGCCCAACUGUCUUGUAUUUAAUUUCAUUUUUGUUCACCUACUCUUAAUGCAACUGGUCUCGAGUUUGAUUCAAGACGAGUGAAUGAAUUAGGGCACAGUGGUGUUGUUUUA